CCGAGAGCGUGCGCCGCGCGGUCUCUUUAAGCGGCGUACUCGGGGGCUUGGGCGCGCGUUCAGCUCCGCGCGUCGCCUUGAAAUCCCGCCACUUGAGCUCAGGCGCCUCUUUAGGCAGGCGCGGACUCCUGCUCAGAGCUUCACUCGAGCGGAGACUCUCUGGGGCGCAGCUACUCCGGCAUUCCCUCGCUACUUCUCAGCCGGCUAAAGCGGGCGUCAUGGACCAUGGCCCCAAAGAAGGGAACGCUGCCGGGCCGGCUGCUGGCGAUGUCGCGCGGGGAACUGCCGCCGCCGCCGCCGCCUCCUCCGGCGGCGUGGUAGUGCAAGUGCGCGAGAAGAAGGGACCCUUGCGCGCCGCCAUCCCCUACAUGCCGUUCCCUGUAGCCGUGCUCUGUCUGUUCCUCAACACCUUCGUACCUGGACUAGGGACAUUUGUAUCAGCCUUCACAGUGCUGUGUGGAGCCCGGACUGACCUCCCUGACAGGCACAUUUGUUGUGUGUUCUGGUUGAACAUUGCAGCAGCUCUGAUUCAGAUUCUCACAGCCAUUGUGAUGGUUGGCUGGAUCAUGAGUAUAUUUUGGGGGAUGGACAUGGUCAUUCUUGCCAGUAAGUUGAUAUCCAGCAGAGCGGAGGUGCAGAUCAGCAGAGAGUGACCUUCACUGAUUAGCUGGACAGCCAACCCUGCUUACGGAGAUACCGGCAUGUGGAUUUUCAAACUGGCACCGUCAACAUGCCAGCAUGACAGGCAAGCUGCUUCAAAGGUGGGAAAGAGCCACUGGUUAGGUGGGGAUGUGGCUGAAGAGGAAAAUGACAUCUGAGCAAACAUCACUGGAGUUGUUGCAAUUUUUUCCAUCUUAUGGGGUGAAGCACAUGGAAACGUUUCACCUCCUUUGUGACUCCUUGAGGAAAUGGUCUGAUGUGAAUAUCAAGAAGCAGAGGAAACAUUAAUAGAUAAUGUGCAAUAUGUCAAAGCAAACUGUUGAAGGGAGAAUCUUUUCCCCCAAAGACAUUCCUUGGGUGCAGGAAAGUUCAAGCUGUGACCUUCCUGCUCAUGUAGUACAUGUGGGAUUUUUCUGGUGCUUGUUGAAGAACUGUUUUCUGCAACCAAUUUAAGAUUCUGCUUGCUGCUUUUGUAAAUCCUAUGUCACUAUUGCUUACCUGUUCAUGUAUUUUGCCAUCUUUUACCUGCUAAAUGCUGGAAAGAAGUUGUAAACUGUCUAACCAGAAGCAAGAAGUUGGCUCUUGCUCAGCUCCAUUAUCCCACCAUUACUUUUUGUAGGCGCUUUGUUCUUAAGUGGGAGGACUGGGUUUUAAGAGAUUAUAAUAUGGAAACACAUUUUUAUUGCAUACUAUGGGAAAUGAGAGAAGAAAGAGGUACCCUUAUUUGCUCCCUCAAAGAAAUUGUGCCACUAAAUGUUAACGUAUUUUGGAAAUGUGCAUAUAAACAAUAGAUUGUAUUUGUAGCCAAGCUGUAGUAAAGGUGUGGUCUCUCUCUUUCCUAGUAUAUGUGCCUAUAUAGUUAAUUACAGGUAAAACAAAUUAACACUUUUAAGAUGCAUAACAGAACAUGAAAAUAAGGCUGUCAAUUAACUGAAGUUAAUAGAUGCAGUGCUUGUUGUGGAAUUUGUUGACCAGAACUCCAUCAUGUUGUUACUUAUACAUUCCAAGGCCGCCUUAGAACUUAAUCAUUUUUGACCAGCAUCCAUUCAGAUUCUUGGUUUAUGACUUCUGGAGUAUUUAUAGAUCAUUAUGAGAAGAGUUUAAUAGUUAAGUUCAAGCCCUUGCUUAUCCAUGAUGCUUGCUUGAUGACCUUGGGUCACUUGCUUUCUCAACUUAAUAUCAUAAGAUUGCUUUGAAGGAAAAAUAGGUGUGUGUGUGUGUGAGAGAAAAACCAUUAAUUCUGCCUGAAGGGUAAAAUAAAACAUAUAAUAUUGUGAGUGAA